UGUAAUUGAAAAGGAAGUCUCGGAAUUAACAUUUUUACCGCCUUUUCCAUACUCACGUUUGAUUUACAUUUACACGCCUGCACGUUAACAAAGGUUUCUUCUCUUGUCGCGCUUGUUAGCCAUUUUGAAAAGGGCGCUCGCCCGGCAGGCGCAUGCGCAGGAGGCACUGCUGCAAGCCUUAGACCAUAAUACCUCGCGUAGCGGUGGAAGGGGUAAACUCGAAUACUACAUAUACCACGUGUGCCGACGGCACUCGGACCCAAUCAGAUUUUAGACCAUAUAGUUAUAUAGACCAUAGUUUAUAUAGACCGUCUUCCAGUGGAAGGGGUAAACGAAUGUACCACGUGUCCCGACGAUUCACCCACACAGUUAAAGCCAUUCUGCUUACUGAAAAUCUGAGAGUGGGAGGUCCAAUGCGAGGUCUAGAUAUAUAUGGUCUAAGUUGCAAGCAUGAAAGAAAAUGACGUGAAGCGAACAGCGCACAAUCUGGUGGACCGCGACAGAAAUUCUGUCAAGAUGUACCGACACCGAGAUAUUCGACCGGGGAUAUUGUGUUUCGUUUGCGGACUUUGUAUUAUCCUCAGUUUGGUCUGCUCCUGUCUGGGAGCCUUCGUGGUUUUACUCCAGCGAGAUAAGAGUUCCACCGGCGAGCACACAGAUCCGUACAGUUCGGAAGCAUCGGCCAUCAUGACGAACAGAGAGCCACCAGCAGAUCUCACGUUCCGACUGCCACAAGAAGUGAAACCAGUGCAUUACGAUUUAUAUUUGCAUCCAGAUCUCGAAAAGGGAACUUUCCAAGGUAAGGUCACCAUUUCGAUCGACGUCGUCGACAAGAGGAGCUAUAUUGCCCUGCAUCAAAAGGAUCUCAAUAUAACUUCCACCAAGCUGACCACCAUCGACCGAGAGAUCAAUUACGACAUUCCCAUAAAAACUACCUACAACAUAGAGAAGUUAGAGGUCUUCGUCAUUGCGACUGAAAAUGAUAUCACGGAUGGCCUCUACAAGCUGUCUCUUGAAUUUGAUGGAGCUCUGCAACCGAACAAAAUUGUUGGAUUUUACUCGAGCUCGUACAAGGAUGAGGAUGGAAAGAAAAGACUUAUCGCCACUUCGAAAUUUGAACCCACAUAUGCCAGAAGAGGUUUUCCAUGCUUUGACGAGCCUGGAUUUAAGGCGGAGUUUUCUGUCAAACUUGUUCAUCCCAGUGGUUACAGUUACACGGCACUAUCGAAUAUGCAUGUGGAGAGUUCUUUGAACGAUCAGCCAUCGCCGGGUCUCACGACCGUAACGUUUGCCAAAAGCGUUCCAAUGUCGACGUAUCUAGCUUGCUUUAUAGUGAGCGAUUUCGUGGCUGUCACGUCAAUGGCUAAGAGAUUGAAGGGAGAGGCACUCCCCGUGAGCGUGUACGCCACGAAGGCUCAAAAAGAAAAGGGAAGAUUUGCCGUGGACAUCGGGGUAAAAGCCAUUGAAUUUUACAUCAAUCUCUUUCAGAUUGACUAUCCUCUCCCCAAACUUGAUAUGGCAGCAAUUCCAGAUUUCGUCUCUGGAGCUAUGGAGAAUUGGGGACUCGUCACUUACAGAGAAGCAAGACUUCUUUACAGCGAAAGUGCGACCUCUACAAACAAUAAAAAGGGCAUUGUCACCGUCAUCGCCCACGAGUUCGCGCAUAUGUGGUUCGGAAAUUUAGUGACGAUGGAAUGGUGGAACGAUCUGUGGCUAAACGAAGGCUUCGCAACGUAUAUGCAGUACAAAUGCGCAGAUGCGAUACUACCCGAGUGGGGUUUCAUGGAGGAUUUCUUGGUUGACAACCUUUACACCGUUUUCGUGACAGACUCGAAGCUCAGCUCGCAUCCAAUAGUGCAGACUGUCAGCAAUCCCGAUGAGAUUACUGCGAUUUUUGAUGUCAUUUCGUACUCGAAGGGUUCCGCUGUCCUUCGGAUGCUGAACAAUUUCGUCGGUUCGGAUGUCUUCAAUGCUGGAAUUACAGCAUAUCUGAAGAAAUACGAAUAUGCCAAUGCGAAAACGGAAGACCUCUUCAACAUCCUGCAAGACGCAGUAGGUAGCAAACUGAACGUCACCAAUAUCAUGGACACGUGGACCAGGCAGAUGGGUUUCCCGGUGGUGGAGGUCGUCAAAAACGGCAACUCAUAUGUUCUAAAACAGAAGCGAUUCUUGGCAGAUUCAGAAUUAAAGUUCGACCCUACCGAAUCGCAAUUUGGUUACAAGUGGACCAUACCCAUCACUUACAUCACGAAUAAAAACCCGACACCGACACUAUUGUGGUUCGACAGAAACGACGAUAAUUUGGUCGUCAACACUUCUGGUCCGGUGGAGUGGAUCAAGUUCAACAAGGACCAGGUUGGCUACUAUCGAGUCAACUACGAGGUCUCCGAGUGGCAGAAGCUGAAGGGAGUUCUUCAAAAGUGUCAUGAGACAUUGACUGCAUCAGAUAGAACGAGUCUGCUGGAAGAUGCGUUCAGCUUGGCCGAGGCUGGAGAAUUGGACUACACGAUUGCGAUGGAUAUUACGAGUUACUUACCUCGUGAGAAUCAUCCCGUCCCUUGGAGUGUUGCGGCUACGAAAUUAAUAUUCAUGGAUAAGCUCCUUUUCUCUACCAAUGUGUCUCCUAUGUUCCGAGAAUACAUGAGGAGAACUGUGGACGUUGCGUACCACAAAGUUUUGUGGACUGUCGGAGCCAAUGAUAGCUUCACGACUUUGUCAUUACGAACGGUUAUUCUGAAUCUGGCUUGCCUGGCAGGACAUCAGAACUGUCUUAAUGAAGUGCAGAAAAUGUUUAGUUCCUGGAUACACCACUCCAGUGAUGUACGACCUCCUCCUGACAUACGGGCCUUGGUUUACUAUUAUGGAAUGAACUACGUGGGUGACGAGUUCGCAUGGGAGAUCAUGUUCCAGAGGUUCGUCAACGAAAAGGACUCGAACGAGAAGCUGAAAUUAAUGCGUGGGUUGGCUGGAAUCCGCUCAGCCUGGGUCUUAAACAGGUUUAUAAACAUCGCCUUCGACGAGACUUACGUUCGAGCUCAAGAUUUCUUUGGAUGCUUGCAAGUCAUAUCAUCCAAUCCCAUUGGCACACCGUUAGUUUGGGAUUGGCUUCGCGAAAACUGGGAAAAACUUGUCAACAGGUACACCCUGAACGAUCGAUACUUGGGUCAGCUGAUUCCAGCUAUUACGAAAACAUUCUCAACCGAGCUGAGACGGGACGAGAUGAAAGCAUUCUUUGCAAAGUAUCCGGAAGCAGGAGCCGGAGUGUCAUACAGAGCUCAAGCUUUGGAGACUGUUUCGAACAACAUAAAAUGGCUGAAGAGAAAUGCAAAUAAAGUAGAGGAAUGGCUGAUCUCAGCAGCGACUCAUCAUUCCAAAAUCGCCGGAACGAAAAAAUAAAUCAGCCGAGACGAUGGAUUUCCGCUAAAACUGUUAUCAUCCGAAUAUCAUUUAUUAGCGAUAAGAUUACUUGCUAAAAGCAGAGAUCUAAAAGUUUAAACACGUUUUGUAUGUACUUUAAGAAAUAUACCUACAAUGGAAUACGCGUGUAACCAUUCUAUGCUCACUUCGUGUCUUUUAUGAUAGACUAGGAAAUUAUCAUUUCACAAAAAGCGGUAAUCGUUCAUAAUUCGAAUUCAGAAAAAAUGUCUCACGUAGAGAACUCAUAUUGCAAAUUAAUUAUACCUAAAUUAGCACACA